AUGCCACGCCGCCCCAAAAGAGGACGACGCCCCAUCCCAAGAACACCCAUCAUCAAGGGUAUCUGGAAAGGCGCGCUUCCCGAGCAUAGACCCGAUCCAAAUCGCGGGCCUGCUCCUGACCUGGCCAACCUCGGCCAGUACACUUCUGACCAGCUAAUAACGUACAUGGAAAAGUUCCCCAACCACGCUGUGUAUAUCUUCGAAUGGGCAACCGAGCCAGGCAACAUCGGGGCCCAGUGGCUGAACCUCUGGCCAUUCCAGACCCCGGCCGACGUGGCCAACUGGCAUUUAAACACCUUCGGGGCGAACACCCUUAACCCUCAGACACCAGGCGCUACAGACACCAUCGUUAGAAAUGCUGCGGCUCAUCCGCGGCCGCUUGACACCCUUGUCAAACGAGACGCUCUCCAUGCUCUGCACGCGCUGCAUGCCGUCAAUCACUGGGACCCCAGUGGGUAUGCAGCGACAGGGAGCAGUUUCCUCAAAACAGCCCUCCAGGCGAACCUCGACAUCACGGAUCCAAACAGACGGGGUUAUCUCGUUUACAACUACAUUCUGUACAAGACCCAAACCAACCGCGCUUUUGCCCAGGCCUUUCCGAUCGACCAACGUCUCACAGACACCCCGGUGGUCCUGAACCACCUCGACGUCGCCAUCCAGGAUGGGCCGUACGACGCCUUCUCAAAGUGGUGGAAGGCCCUCGACGAGGCCCCAGGAGCUGCCCUUCCACACCUCGUCCUCGGAGGCCCGGCCGCUGUCCUGGACCCAACAAGCCACGAGGCCCUCUGCAAGAAGACGACCGUCCUCGACGCAGAGCAUAUGCACCAGCACAACCAGUUGAAUCUCGCGAGCCUCCCCAAUGCCUGGCACCACGCCGUCUGGAACCCCAAUAACAAGGAGUUCAUGGACUUCAUCCAAAGAGAGCAGCCGCCUCUCCCGAUGCCCGGCGUAGGGCCAGCCCGAAUCAACCAAGUCAGCGGCAACGUCGGGUGGGGACGCCCGGUGGAAUACGCGCACGAAAAUAAGAAAGUCGGCGCCUUCAAGACCCUGGUCCGGCUGGGCGCCAACAUAGACGCCUGGGUCGAGGCCGAACUCGACAACAACUGGCCGCAGAAUGACGACAAAGCCCUCGAGCCGGACGACUUCUUUGCUGCCGGGCUGCGUGGCUACCGCAAUAUCAACCCGCCCAAUGGCACAGCGAACGGGACCCUCCUGCACCGCGUUGUCACCCGCCUCCACAACCAGGUGACUGAUCCCAUCUUCACCUCGCUCCACCCGCGCGAUAUGGCGUCAAGGCGGAAAAGACUCACCCACGACGCUGUCCAGAUGAUCUACUAUAUCCGCCGCGGGAAUCAGCACGGGCAGCCGAAUCUGGCGACGACGGAUAUCAACGGGCGCACGGCGUGGGCCCUUGCGAGACACCAUGCGAUCUUGGGCCUUGAUGACGCGCUGACGGCCACUGCGACUAUAGUCACGGCGGUUGAUGGGAGCCAUACUGCCGCUAACCUUCUGCAGGCGGCUGCGCAGGGGCCGGCCCCGGCCCCCAGUGCUAAUAUUGAUGAUCCAACUAUUGUCCCUGGGCAUCGGUAUCCGAUAAGGCGCACGAGGAGGAGGUAG